AUGUCUACAGGUGUGUCCUACGAAGGAUAUCAAGUUUUAAGAGUUAAAUUAGCAAAUCCAGAGCAAAUCGAAAUUAUCGAACAAUUAGAAAUGAAAGGCAUGGUCGACAGAUGGUUAGCCACGCGUACGUUUGUUGAUAUAAUGGUUACAAAACAAUACGGAGAAUUUGUCAAAAGCCAAUUACAAAAGAAAUCCUUAUUGUUUGAAGUAACUAUAGAAAAUGUACAAAAAAAUAUAGAUGCGGAAAAUCCACCUAUAAAAAAAGAAAAAAUAGGACGAAAUGGGCUCAACUUCACAUUUGAAAAUUACCAUAAUGUGGAGGAUGUACAUGCAUAUAUUGACAACAUAGCUAAAGAAUAUCCGAGUACAGUAGAAAUAAUAACUAUAGGGCAAUCAUUUGAAGGCACUCCGUUAAAAGUUAUUCGAAUAAAACCAGAACAAAACGUCACAGUUGCAAGGAAAAUUUGGGUUGACGGAGGAACACACGCAAGAGAAUGGAUUACGAUAUCAUCAGUAUUAUAUUUGGUUAAUGAACUGGUAUUUAAUCGGAAAUCGCUAGAACCCCAUGUGAAAAAUGUAGAAUUUCACAUUCUACCAUUAAUAAAUCCCGACGGAUAUACUUAUUCACAUGAAACAAAUCGACGUUGGCGUAAAAACCGUAAUGAUAAUGGGGAUAAUCAAGGGUUGUUCGGCUGUGUCGGAAUAGAUUUGAACCGUAAUUGGCCAUACCAUUGGGGAGAAAGUGGGUCAAAUAAUUUUCAAUGCGCAGAUGAUUAUCGUGGACUAAAAGCUGGAUCUGAACCCGAGACUCGAGCUAUAGUUCAGUACAUUAUGAAUGAAACCAGUAAUUUUAUGGGAUUUAUAUCAUUCCACAGUUACGGACAAUAUAUAUUAUAUCCAUGGGGGUACUCUAAAGACGAGUUGUUUGAUCAAGGCGAAUUACACAGAGUUGGACAAGCCAUGGCUUCAUCGAUAAAAAAAGCAACCACAAUGGAAUAUACUGUAGGAUCUGCUGCAUCAUUAUUAUACAUAGCACCAGGAGGAUUUUAUGAUUGGGCAAAAGGAGUAGCUAAAAUUAAAUAUUCGUAUACAAUAGAACUGAGAGAUACAGGAAAAUAUGGAUUCGAUUUGCCUGCAUCAGAAAUUGUACCUGUUGGAAAAGAAGCAUUUGCAGCUGUUUCAACAUUAGCUAAAGAAAUACAUUUAAGUUAAAUAAAAUACUUAUACUAAUAUAUGUUACAACAAAAAUAUCUUUGUUUAAUUUAACAUUAAAGU